AUAAAAUAUCUGAAGAUCUGAUAAUACUAUACCUCAUUGUUAGAGACCAGUAGGGAAAGCCAGCUGAAGGAAUCAUGUGGGAAUCCGUUUUAACCAUACACCAAUUCUCAUCGAUAUCCACAGUACAUCCUAAACUCCAUUUCCAUAGACCCUCUCGAGCUCAAAGACGAAGACAGAAACUUAACACAGCAAGUUGUCAUUUGGGGAAAGCACCUGAAGAACAAGGAACAAACAAGAAUUACUAUGAUUUGCUUGGCGUUUCUAUGGAUUCAAGUGUCCAAGAAAUCAAAGAAGCAUACAGAAAAUUACAGAAGAUAUACCACCCAGAUAUCGCUGGCCAGAAGGGUCAUGAGUACACCCUUCUGCUUAACAAAGCCUACAAGGUAUUGAUCAGAGAUGAUCUCAGAAGAGAGUACAAUAAUAAUACUUCAGGUUUUGGAAGGUUUAGGUCUGUCACUGGGUACAGCUCAUGGAAUGGCCCCUUGAGACCUCAAGCUUUGUUUGUUCAUGAGAGUGCUUGUAUAGGGUGCAGAGAGUGCGUGCACCAUGCGCCUAACACAUUCGCGAUGGAUGAAAAUCUUGGAUGUGCACGCGUUAAGGUUCAAGAUGGUGACACCGACAAGAAAAUUGAGAUGUCGGUUGAUUCAUGUCCUGUGAAUUGCAUCCACUGGGUAGAUACAGAAGAGUUGGCAGUGCUUGAGCACCUAUCUCGACCUCAACAAAAGCGUGGGCAUGGCGUUUAUGAACAAGGCUGGGAAAGACCAGCAAAUGUUUUCAUGGCAGCCAAAUCAUUCAACAAGCAGUUAAUAAAGCAACAAAAAGAAGAAAUGAGACAUGCAGAAGCAGCUGAUGUUGAAGAAACCCCAGCUCAAGCACAAGCUCGAGCAAAUGCAAAUAUGAAAUUGAAGAUAGAAAGGUUUUCAAACAUUUGGAGCUGGUUGAAGAAGCAAAUGGUCCACGAAUGAAACAGAACAAUAUAAUGCAAGUAGUGAAAGUAGCCACUUCAGUAAUGUAACAUAUUACAAAGCCCUUCAUGUUCUGGCCCAA